AUGAAGUCCUCAACCGCUUUGGCCGUGGCCGCAGCCACAGCUGGGCAUGUCGCUGCCGGUGCCACCGGUACCUCGUCCACCUCCACGCUGCCAUCGGCACAGCCCGCUACACGCAUCCCGGGCAUCUCGGCCUAUGUCGUGCCUGCGGCCUUUCCGACAACGGCUUUUGCUAGCUACUAUGUCAAGCCCGGCCCGACCAACGAGCCCCAGCCGGUGCUGAGCGACCCGGCUUUGAAGGAGACCUUUCCGCUCAACCUGACGAGCCCGUUCAGCAUUCCAGACACGAACGACGAUCCCAUCUAUUACCCGCAGCCGCUGGCCAACCUGAGCGAUGCGAGUGCUUCUGCCGUCAUCCAGGCCGCCACGUCUGAGAUCAAAGACAUUCUCUCUGCGAACCGGUCAUUCCCCAACAACUGCUCGCGCUGUGUCGCUGCUUUGGCCGUCGGCCAGAUGGCUGCCCGUCUGGCGCCCUCUGCUCUGCCUGCCGCCAUGGUUGCGCUGUGUGAAGCAACGGGGUUUGCGUCCAACGAAACUUGUGCCACCAACUACGCCCCUGGGACGUUUGGUGCUGCGUGGACGCAGAUUCUCGCGGCGGCCGAUGUGACGGGACUUGAUGGCCAGUACAUUUGUGCAUCGCUCAGCACACAAUUCUGCCCCAGCCCCGGCGUGCAGUCUGUCAAGGCCGUCUUUCCCAAGCAGCGACCACCCCAUGCAAAUACCGUGCCAGCACGGAGUGGCCAGCGUGUCAAGGUUCUGCACGUUUCAGAUCUGCAUCUGGACCCGCGCUAUCUCGUCGGCAGCGAAGCCAAUUGUACUUCCGGCCUCUGCUGCCGGCCGCCCGAUCUCUCGGCUGGCCGCACGGCUACCGCCAGCUCUGCCGGUCCAGCCUCUACCCCAGAGAUAUCCGUGCCAGCACCGCUCUUUGGCUACUUCCGCUGCGACUCGCCGUACUUUUUGGCACUUGCAGCCCUGCAGGCGAUUGGUCCUCUGACCGGCACAUCUGCUGAGGAUCCUCUGGCCUUUACACUCUACACGGGCGACUUGGUCGCCCACGACCCUAUCAAUCAGCUCUCCGAGUCCUAUGUCGAGUACGUCGAGGCCUCGCUGUGGCAGCUUUUCAAGGAGUACAUUGGCGGGCCCAUCUACUGCGCCCUGGGCAACCACGACACGGCCCCGGACAACCUCGAUGCGCCGCAGGGCAUCGACGACAAGGGACCGCUGGGUCGCCAGUUCUCGUGGAACUACGACUACGUCUCCAGUCUGUGGAAGCACUAUGGCUGGAUCGACGGCGCCGCCGCGGCCGAGGCCGCCCUGCACUACGGUGCCUACUCAGUCGUCGACCGCCUCGGUGUGCGGAUCAUCACCAUCAAUACCGACAUGUACUACAAGAGCAACUACUACGCAUUCCUGCACGCCGCCAAUCCGGACUUCUCGGGCAUCUUUUCGUUCCUGAUCCGCGAGCUGCAGCGUGCUGAAGACGAGGGCCAGCGCGUCUUUGUCGUGGGCCACGUGCUCAGUGGUUGGGACGGCUCCAAUGCGCUGCCCAACGGUGCCGAUCUCUUUUACCAGAUUAUUGACCGCUACUCGCCGCACGUCGUUGCUAAUGUCUUUUUCGGCCAUACCCACGAGGACCAGGCCUUUGUUUACUACCGCAACAAUGCCACCCGCCAGACAGCCGAGGAUGCCGUUGCCAAUGCCUGGGUCGGGCCCUCCAUCACACCGCUGACCAAUCUCAACUCGGGCUUCCGCAUGUACGAGAUCGAUACGGGCUCCUGGGAGGUGAUGGAUGCGUACACGUUCUAUGCCGAUGUCGACACUUUCGAAGCACUUAAUGUGACGGCGCCGUCUGAUUCGAACGCCGACUCUGCCAGCGGCAGUGAGGGCCCCGUCUUCCGCUUUGAGUACUCAACUCGUGCGGCUUACGGCCCUGCCGUGCAAUGGCCAGACGAUGCACCGCUCAACGCCACCUUCUGGCACCGCGUUACUGAGGCCAUCGAGGCCGACAAGUCGCACCGUCUCGUCAGUCAGAUGAACCUGUACCAAAGCAAGAGCAGCGUGCGCACGCCCAACUGCACAAACGACGCCUGCUCUGCCGCCAAGGUGUGUUACAUGCGCAGCGGCAACGCGGCACUGGGCCGUGCCUGCCCGCAAGGAUUUAGCAGCGUGCAGAGCCCAUUCACGGGCAAGAAUUUUUAG